AUGCUCUUCAAGUCGCUCACCGCCGCGGCAGCCCUUGCCGGAACGACUUCCGCCUCUCCCCUCCUCCGCCGCCAAGGUGGUGGGAGCGGACUUCCCGCCAACGCCACGCUUCCGCAGGGAUCGAACGGCAACAUCACCUACCAGGUCGUGCCGUCCUCGUCGAACGGAUCCUCGUACUUGAACGCGACCGUUCAGUCGAUCCCGCAGGGCGUCAACAACACUGGGUCGUGGAACGUCACGUACACCAACGGUACCGAGCCCUACCCUGGUGCCCACCUCAUCCUCGGCAACCCGACGAAGAAUGGCACCAACACGACGAUGGCUUGGCCUGGACAGCCCGCCGGCGGUCUCUUGAUCUACAAGCCGACCUACCAGGUCGAGUCCAACUUUGACUUCCAGUCGCUCAACCUUGCGCUCAACCAGGAGCUCAUCGAACUCGACCUCUUCCACAAUAUGCUCGCUCGCUUCUCGACUCAGGACUUUGAGGCUGCCGGCUUGACCGCCGACGACCGCUUCCUCAUCGAGCACAUGGCCGACCAGGAGAUUGGACAUGCUAUCGCCAUCACCAACAUGCUCGGCGUCGACCGCGCGGCGAAGCAAUGCGUCUACCAGUACCCCUUCAACACCGUCAAGGAGGCUAUCCUUUUCUCGCAGCUCCUUACUCGCUGGGGAGAAGCCGGUGUCUACGGUUUCCUCGGCCAGCUCGACUCGCGCCCGGCUGCUCAGAUCCUCCUCCAAUCUAUCACGACCGAGGCUCGCCAGCAGAUGAUCUUCCGCCAGUUCCAGGGUCUUCCCGCUAUGCCUGAGUGGUUCGAGACCGGCCUCCCCCAGUCCUACGCUUGGACGCUCCUCUCGCCGUACAUUCAGAGCUGCCCUCCCAACAACCCGAGGAUCGAGUUUACUCGUUUCCCUCUCAUCAACAUCACCAACCAGCCGUACGCGCUCGACGGCCAGCCGGGCAUCAACUCGAACUACACGCUCACGGAGGGCGCUGGCCGUACCAUCCAGUUCACCUGGGAGCCGCUCAACAAGACGGUCGGCUACGACGGCCUCUACAAGACGCAGUCGUUGGCCGGUGAACCCAAGUUCAUGGCCUUCAUCGACCAGCUCAACGUCACCUACGCACCGCUCCAGAACAUCUCGAACCAUUCGGCGUCGGCGGUCGUCCCCAACGGCACCGUUUUCCCACCUCAACCUCAGGUCGUGAACUCCGCGUUCGUGGCGUUGACAGACAGUGACGUCUACGUCACUCCGUACAACUUGUCACUAAUCACGAACUACACCGUCGCCGUCGGCCUCUACCAGGCUUCGUAA